GACAAAAGUUGGCUUGUUGGUGAGAGUGAGUCUCAGUCCUCAGAGGUUUUACAACAUGGACCAUGAGCUCCAGGAACGGGACUAACCACAACCACCACCACCCUGUUUUUACUGAUGUUGCUGGAAGCAAAUAUAAAAUAUGGCUCUUCUGAGAAAAAUUAAUCGGGUCCUGCUGGUGUUGCUGGUGCUGAUGGCCUGCUUCCUCCUGCACAGUACACUGCUCAGAGCCUCCACUCGACCCACACUCACAGAGAACAGGAAGAGUGCAGUUUCCCCAGUGAGAGCUUCAGAAGCAGACGAUGUCGUCCCUGUUGUCAUCUGUGCGUCCGAGGAGCGUAUGGGUGCAUCCAUGGCAACCAUCAACAGCAUCAUCAGCAACACAGAUGCCAGCGUUUUCUUCUACAUUGUUACCCUUCGUGAUGCCGUCAAACUUACAAGGAGGUACAUAGAAAAGACAAAACUAAAAGGCAUCCACUAUAAGAUAGUGGAAUUUAACCCAAUGGUUCUAAAAGGAAAGGUGAAGCCAGAUUCAUCUCGACCUGAUCUCUUACAUCCUCUCAACUUUGUGCGGUUUUACCUCCCUCUGCUUGACAUCACCCACAAGAGGGUUAUAUACUUAGAUGAUGAUGUCAUCGUGCAGGGUGACAUCAGGACUCUGUUUAAUAUCAAACUAAAACCAGGACACGCUGCUGCUUUUGCCACAGACUGUGACCUUCCCUCCACACACGAGAUGGUGCGCAGCAUCGGCAUGCAGACAACCUACAUGGGCUUCCUGGACUAUAGGAAACAGGAAGUGAAAGACCUGAGAAUCAACCCCAACGACUGUUCUUUCAACCCUGGAGUGUUUGUGGCAGAUAUGAAAGAGUGGAAGAAACAGAAGAUCACCAAACAGCUGGAGAAAUGGAUGGAGGAAAAUUUCAAGCAGAACAUAUACAGCAGUGCCAUGGCAGGGGGGGUGGCAACUCCACCCAUGCUAAUAGUUUUCCAUGACAAAUACACUAUACUGGACCCUCUGUGGCACGUCAGGCACCUGGGCUGGAGUCCAGAUGCCCACUAUGCAGAGAACUUCUUGCAGGAGGCGCACCUCCUGCAUUGGAAUGGCCCAUUCAAACCCUGGAAUUACCCUGCUGUGCAUUUAGAUUGGUGGGAGAGGUGGUUCAUCCCAGACCCGUCUGGAAGGUUCUCUUUGGCACGACCUGAAAAGGACAGCUGAGGUCUGUGAAGGUACCACAGAGGAGCCUGUCAGAGGGCUGUGUGAAACGUGAAGUUCAGCGAUUACUUUGACAGAGGUGGAAGAUAGUGAAUGUAACACUGAACAGCAAGGAACCAAAAAUGUGACCAAAUGGAAAACUGUGACUAAUCUAAAGAAUGUUGCAUUACUGGUAACACAGUGCAUUCAGAGUGAAAAUAAGAAACUCAAAACAAGUUUUUUUGUGUUUUUGUACAUUGUGUUACAUCAUACAAAAUUGCAUUUCCAGUUCCAGUGUUCUUUAGUUUCUCAUCUUUACUGAUAUAGUCACACUUCAAAUCUGUCAUUGAGCUCCUCAAGCAAA